GGGGACGCGGGAGCCCAGAGCUCGACUGGGGCAAGGAGCGGCUGCAAUGCUCGCGAGUGGCUGCCGGCGACUCGGGGCGCGACUCGGCUGCCUGCGCGGCGGGAUCCAGGCUCCUGCCCAAACCGUCCACCGGAGCUUGACCUCCUGCAUCGAUCCUUCCAUGGGACUUAAUGAAGAGCAGAAAGAAUUUCAGAAAGUGGCCUUUGACUUUGCUGCUCGGGAGAUGGCUCCACAUAUGGCAGAGUGGGACCAGAAGGAGCUGUUCCCAGUGGACGUGAUGCGGAAGGCAGCCCUGCUAGGCUUUGGGGGGGUUUACGUGCGAACAGAUGUGGGCGGGUCCGGACUGUCACGGCUCGAUACCUCUGUCAUCUUUGAAGCCUUGGCUACAGGCUGCACCAGCACCACAGCCUAUAUAAGCAUACACAACAUGUGUGCCUGGAUAAUUGAUAGCUUUGGAAAUGAGGAACAGAGGCACAAAUUUUGCCCACCGCUCUGUACCAUGGAGAAGUUUGCUUCCUACUGCCUCACUGAACCAGGAAGCGGGAGUGAUGCUGCAUCUCUUUUGACCUCGGCUAAACGACAAGGAGAUCAUUAUAUCCUCAAUGGCUCCAAGGCCUUCAUCAGUGGUGGUGGUGAGUCAGACAUCUACGUGGUCAUGUGUCGAACGGGAGGACCAGGCCCCAAAGGCAUCUCAUGCAUAGUUGUUGAGAAGGGGACCCCUGGCCUCAGCUUCGGCAAGAAGGAGAAAAAGGUGGGGUGGAACUCCCAGCCAACUCGAGCCGUGAUCUUUGAAGACUGUGCUGUCCCCAUGGCCAACAGAAUUGGGAACGAGGGGCAGGGCUUCCUCAUUGCCAUGAAAGGACUGAACGGAGGGAGGAUCAACAUUGCUUCCUGCUCUCUGGGGGCUGCUCAUGCCUCAGUCAUCCUCACCCGAGACCACCUCAAUGUCCGGAAGCAGUUUGGAGAGCCUCUGGCCAGUAAACAGUACCUGCAGUUCAAACUGGCUGAUAUGGCGACAAGGCUGGUGGCCUCGAGACUGAUGAUCCGCAGUGCGGCGGUGGCUUUGCAGGAGGAGCGGGAAGAUGCAAUGACCCUGUGCUCCAUGGCCAAGCUGUUUGCUACAGAUGAAUGCUUUGCUAUCUGCAACCAGGCUUUACAGAUGCAUGGAGGCUAUGGCUACCUGAAGGAUUAUGCUGUUCAGCAGUAUGUGCGGGACUCCAGGGUCCACCAGAUUCUAGAAGGUAGCAAUGAAGUGAUGAGGAUGCUGAUCUCUCGAAGCCUGCUUCAGGAGUAGCGCCCACACUUAUAUUGCAUGGUGUUCAGUGUGCAACUGCAGUCAGUGUUGAGGGGUUCCAUGUGGGCUGUUCUGUUCUAAAUGAAUCAUGGAUUAGACUGAAGGGCUGAACGCUUCCAGGGUAGGACCUAUACUCUGCGUGUGGGCAGCCGAGUCCUCAGUGGAAAUGGAAGAGCUGCCCUGAUGAGAAAUGUCACAAGAAGACAUACUGCCUUGUUUUCCUAAUUCCAGAAAGGUGACAAAUGAAGAUUCACCAUCAAACCCAAGUCUUUUCUUGGAACCACAUUGUCUUGAUUUUUCUGCAUUUUGGUGGCUCACUGGAUCCCUCUUCUUCUAGGGGCCUGGGUACUUGCAUUGAAACUCUUCCUGCUUAUAGAGCACAGGUGUGGGGAAAUGAAGGGAGAAUGCUCUCUCGUCUGUUUCUGUUCUCUGUAGCACAGCUAAAGAUGCAGAGGGUUUCUCUGGAACGUAAAUUAUGAUAAAAUGAAUAUUUGGGAAACUACUCCUAAGCUGUGAUUUAGGGUAUAUUUCUACUUCUGGACUAUCUGAAUAUCAAGGGCUGAGAUUAUUUGGAAUUUUGAAUAUUUGUUCUCUUUGUUUUUAGAAGCCUGUAGUCUAGGAUUGGUAUUUAGGGUUUCCGUAAUCCUUCCUGAUAAGUACUUU